CCUCAGCCCUCCUUCCUGGACGCCGAGCUCAGUUCGCGCAGUAACAAAUGAAGUGCGCGCUGCGACACCUCCCAGCUCUCCAGCCUCGGCCGCCAUUUCCUCGCCAGGCCUAACGGUCCGGCCAAUCCCAGCGCACAGCGAGAAGGACGGAAGCUCCGCCAAUCGGAGGCCGCCGAUCCGACCCUUUGCCUCAGCCCGGCCCAAUCCAGGCUUCGGCCCGUCGCCCCCAGGCCGCCCCUGCCCCCCGUAGCGGGCUCUCUCCUCCCUCUUUGUGCGUCUCCCGCCCGCCGCCAGCCGGGCUCCAAACAUUCUGCGGCAACACAGUCGAGUCCCCUCCCCCCGGAAGGUUCGCUAAGGAGAAGCCACCGAAGAGGAGCCGCUGGUGUGGGUCCCGGGGGCGCCAUGGCUACCGGAGCGAAUGCCACACCGCUGGACUUCCCAAGGAAGAAGCGGAAGAGGAGCCGCUGGAAUCAAGACACAAUGGAACAGAAAACGGUGAUUCCAGGAAUGCCUACAGUGAUCCCCCCUGGACUGACUCGGGAACAAGAGAGAGCUUAUAUAGUGCAACUGCAGAUAGAAGACCUGACUCGUAAACUGCGCACGGGAGACCUGGGCAUCCCCCCUAAGCCUGAGGACAGGUCCCCUUCCCCGGAGCCCAUCUACAAUAGUGAGGGGAAGCGGCUUAACACCCGUGAGUUCCGCACUCGAAAGACGCUGGAAGAGGAGCGGCAUAACCUCAUCACAGAGAUGGUUGCUCUCAACCCUGACUUCAAGCCACCUGCAGAUUACAAACCUCCUGCAACACGUGUGAGCGAUAAAGUAAUGAUUCCACAAGAUGAGUAUCCAGAAAUCAACUUUAUAGGGCUGCUAAUUGGGCCCAGAGGGAACACAUUGAAGAACAUAGAGAAGGAGUGUAAUGCGAAGAUAAUGAUCCGGGGGAAAGGGUCUGUGAAAGAAGGGAAAGUUGGGCGCAAAGAUGGCCAGAUGUUGCCAGGAGAAGACGAGCCACUUCAUGCCCUGGUUACCGCCAACACCAUGGAGAAUGUGAAGAAAGCAGUAGAGCAGAUAAGAAACAUCUUGAAGCAAGUGAUUGAGACCCCUGAGGACCAGAAUGACCUUCGGAAGAUGCAACUUCGGGAGUUGGCUCGCUUGAAUGGGACCCUUAGGGAAGAUGAUAACAGGAUCUUAAGACCCUGGCAGAGCUCAGAGACCCGUAGCAUUACCAAUACUACAGUGUGUACCAAGUGUGGAGGGGCUGGCCACAUUGCUUCUGAUUGCAAAUUCCAAAGGCCUGGUGACCCGCAGUCAGCUCAGGAUAAAGCUCGGAUGGAUAAAGAAUAUUUGUCCCUCAUGGCUGAACUGGGUGAAGCUCCUGUGCCAGCAUCUGUGGGCUCCACCUCUGGGCCUGCCAGCACACCUCUGGCCAGUGCGCCUAGGCCUGCUGCUCCCGCCAACAACCCACCUCCACCGUCUCUCAUGUCUACCACCCAGAGCCGCCCACCCUGGAUGAAUUCUGGCCCUUCAGAGAGUCGGCCCUACCACGGCAUGCAUGGAGGUGGUCCUGGUGGGCCUGGAGGCGGCCCCCACAGCUUCCCACACCCAUUACCCAGCCUCACAGGUGGGCAUGGUGGUCAUCCCAUGCAGCACAACCCUAAUGGACCCCCACCUCCUUGGAUGCAGCCACCACCACCACCGAUGAACCAGGGCCCCCACCCACCUGGGCACCAUGGCCCUCCUCCAAUGGAUCAGUACCUGGGAAGUACGCCUGUGGGCUCUGGGGUCUAUCGCCUGCAUCAAGGAAAAGGUAUGAUGCCGCCACCGCCUAUGGGCAUGAUGCCGCCACCGCCGCCGCCACCCAGUGGGCAACCUCCUCCCCCGCCUACUGGUCCUCUUCCUCCAUGGCAACAGCAGCAGCAGCAGCCUCCACCACCCCCUCCGCCCAGCAGCAGUAUGGCUUCCAGUACCCCCUUGCCAUGGCAGCAAAAUACGACGACUACCACCACGAGCGCUGGCACAGGGUCCAUCCCGCCAUGGCAACAGCAGCAGGCGGCUGCCGCAGCUUCUCCAGGAGCCCCUCAGAUGCAAGGCAACCCCACUAUGGUGCCCCUGCCACCUGGUUCCGCCGGCAUGAUGUAUGCCCCACCUCCCCCUCCUCCGCCUCCCAUGGACCCUUCUAACUUUGUCACCAUGAUGGGCAUGGGGGUGGCAGGCAUGCCGAUCCCUCCCCGCAGCAGCGAUGGCCCGAGCCAUGAGAGUGAGGACUUUCCGCACCCAUUGGUGACCCUUCCAGGCAGACAGCCUCAGCAGCGCCCCUGGUGGACAGGAUGGUUCGGCAAAGCAGCCUGAGUUAUUUUUGUGGACGGAAUCGGAACACGCUGGCUCCAUAUUGUGAAAUUUUUAUUAAUUUUUUUCUUUUUCCUUUGUUAUUUCCUUAUCUCUUCCUUUCUUCAGACUCCGUCCAAGGAGAUGCUCUCCCCGGUCUUCUGCUGCAAUCAGAUUACUUUGCCUUUUCUCCAUUCCUCAUUCUUCUCUUUCCAAGGAGAGAGGAGCAAAUGGUUUUAGGCCAAGGCCUUGGCCACUAAUGUCAGGCUAGUUUGGACAGGGGUGUCCCUUUGGUUCUAAGAUUUCCAAGGUGCCAUCGCCACCCCAAGAUUAUUACUAUUUUUUUUAAGUGUGGAAUUUUGUGUCUGCUACCCUCAUAGAGUAGUGGCUUAAUCUCCAGGUCCGGGAUUCAUGUCCAUCCUGACACCCUGCCAGCAGUAGGUGUGGCUGCCCAAGCCACCUUGGGCUUGUCUGCCAGACCAGGUCGUUUCCAUGUUCCUGAGCACCUAAGCUGCCUCAUAUUCCAUUUGUUCCUCUCCUUCCUGGAAGGCUUCCUUUUAAAUUUUCUUUUGAUUCCAAAUGUCUGGAUGUUUUGCAGUGUCUAGGGUGUUGAGCCCCUUGUUUUUUUCGUUCUGCUCCCCCACCCCAUCCCUUUUCAUGGAGUGAUUAUGUUGACAAUAAUGUAUAAUGCGCGUUCUCUUCACUGGUUUAUCUGCAGAAAUUUCUCUGGGCUUUUUUUUUUUCCAGUGUAUGAUUCAACACUGCGUUAAAGGGGGAUGUUCCAUUGAAUAAAAGAGCAGUGUGGUUUUC